CAGCAUCUACCUGUUGGCCAAGUCCAUCCACAGUGCCAGGCAGACUGGCACCUGGUUGUCAGGGUCCAACCUGGCCUACCUAACCAGGAACCGCACCUUUGACGGCUUCAACCAGAAGGUCAGGGUGAGCGCCCGAUGGGAUGGUCACCACCAACUACGUCAUCCUGGACAUGGACGGCGUGGGCAGCCAGCUGUACUCCACCUACACACUGGAUCCUGCCUCCGGGAACGUUCGCUUUGCUGGGAGGAACAUUAAUUUCCCUGGGGGAUCCGCGCCGGCCUCCGAUUCUCUGUGCUGGUUCGACAAAACUGUUACCUGUACUGGAGGCGUGGAGAUCAUCUAUGUAGUGGUGAUAUUUGUUGUCAUCGCAAUUCUGGCUAUAGUGGGGAUCGCUCUUACUCUGUUUAUCAGGAGGAGAAUCCAGCAGAUCCAGCUGUUCAAGGGGCCCAAUCGCAUUCUUCUCACGCUCGAGGACCUGACCUUUAUCGACCCCCAGCUCAGCAAGAGGAAAAUCACCCUGGAGGAUUUGAGUGAGUCCAAGAGUGCGAUAGAGGACAAGAGCACCAGGUCAAAUGAGCGAUCGCACUCGGUCAACAGCAUCCGGACCACCACUCACGAGACAACCAACGUAGCCGUGUAUGAGGGAGACUGGGUGUGGCUUAAGAAAUUUGAAGAUGGCCAAUUUAAAGAGGUGAAACAGAGCGCGACUAAGAUAUUCACAAAGAUGAAGGACCUGAGGAACGAGAACGUGAACCCUUUCCUGGGCUUCUUCUGCGACUGCUCCAUGUUCGCCGUGGUAACGGAGCACUGCUCCCGCGGCAGCCUGCAGGACCUGCUGGGGAACGACGACGUCAAGCUGGACUGGAUGUUCAAGUCCUCGCUGCUCCUCGACCUCAUUAAGGGUAUGAAGUACCUGCACCACAAAGACUUCCCCCAUGGCAGACUGAAGUCUCGGAACUGUGUGGUGGACGGACGCUUUGUUCUGAAGAUUACCGACUACGGCUUUAAUGAACUGCUGGAGUCCCAGAAGAGUCCCAAAGAACAAUGGACACCUGAAGAGUUAUUCUGGACAGCCCCAGAGUUCCUCAGGGACCCCGAAAGCUCACGCAGAGGGACCUUCAAGGGGGACGUGUACAGCUUCGCCAUUAUACUCCAAGAGGUGGUGGUCCGAGGACUCCCCUACUGCAUGCUGGGGCUCCCUCCAGAGGAGAUCAUCCGUAAGGUGAAGAAGCCGCCGCCCAUGUGCCGGCCCACCGUGGCCCCGGACCAGGCCCCCCUGGAGUGCAUCCAGCUGAUGAAGCAGUGCUGGAGCGAGAUGCCCGACCGCAGGCCCGCCUUCGAAGAGAUCUUUAACCAGUUCAAAAUCAUCAACAAGGGCAAGAAGACGAACAUCAUCGACUCCAUGCUGCGGAUGCUGGAGCAGUACUCCUCCAACCUGGAGGACCUGAUCAGGGAGAGGACCGAGGAGCUGGAGGUGGAGAAGCAGAGGACCGAGAAGCUGCUGUCUGAGAUGCUCCCGCCCUCGGUGGCGGAGGCGCUGAAGACGGGCACCACGGUGGAGCCCGAGUACUUCGACCAGGUCACCAUCUACUUCAGCGACAUCGUGGGCUUCACCACCAUCUCGUCGCUCAGCGACCCCAUCGAGGUGGUGGACCUGCUCAAUGACCUCUACACGCUGUUCGACGCCGUGCUCUCCAACCACGACGUCUACAAGGUGGAGACGAUCGGAGACGCCUAUAUGGUGUCCUCGGGUCUGCCCAAGAGGAACGGCAACAAGCACGCCGCGGAGAUCGCCAACAUGUCUCUGAACAUCCUCAGCUCAGUGGGAAGCUUCAAGAUGCGGCACAUGCCUGACGUUCCUGUCCGCAUUCGCAUAGGAAUCCAUUCAGGCUCCUGUGUGGCGGGCGUUGUGGGCCUCACCAUGCCUCGGUACUGCCUUUUCGGAGACACAGUGAACACUGCGUCUCGUAUGGAAUCCACUGGGCUGCCUUAUAGAAUCCACGUGAACAUUAGUACGGUGAACAUCCUAAAUUCCCUCAAUGAGGGUUAUAAGAUCGACCUCCGAGGCAAGACGGAGCUGAAGGGUAAAGGCAUCGAAGAGACAUACUGGUUGGUUGGGAAGGCAAACUUUGCAAAGCCUUUGCCAAAACCUCCAGACAUCAAUCCAGGGGAAGACAACCAUGGACUGAAACCCGAGGAAAUAGCUGCGUACAGGAAAAAGAAAGCAGAGAAAAAGGCUUGAGCCACGUAUAACCAAAACGGCAGGGACAACUGGCAGCAGAUGGUGACGGAGGAGAUAAAGACGAUCUUUCGCAAGGCCAAGAGGGAGGACAAGCUAAAGACCUGACCGGGAGCAGCAGAGCAAGGAAUAGGAAGAAACAAAAAGGAGAAGAUGAAGCCACGGCAAUAGAGAGAGAGGGAGAGAGAGAGAGAGAGAGAGAGAGAGAGAGAGAGAGAGAGAGAGAGAGAGAGAGAGAGAGAGAGAGAGAGAGAGAUAAAGACAAAGACACUGGGACUACGGGAAGAGGCCCCGCAGAGGACAUGCUAUCCCAGCCCAGCCUGCUCACCCUGGCUUAGCAUGGACUUCUUUAAUAGGAUUUUAUUUUGUGUGGCUAAUCUGCUGCCCGCUAGCACAGCACAAUGAGACAGCACUAAUGUAAUGAGGCUCACUGCGUUAGCCGCCCAUGGAGCCCCAGAGAAAGCCCGAGCGCUCUUCUCUCUCUGUGAAGAACAGACUCUUAUGCUCCUCCCUGCAUAUAUUUGACCACUGCGUGGUCACCUGAGUCCCAGUAAUCAGAGAGCCUGGCACAGGACGUCACACCAUACGCCUCACAUGUUAAAUAAUCUUUAAUUUGCAUGUAAGUUGGUUUUAGAUGUUCCCAGGGUUGUCAUUGGACAGAGCGAUGUGGUGAUGGAUAAGGCACUAGCUAGGUAUUUAAUUUGUGUGGCAAUGAGCUUCAUGCACAUUUAGUCUUCUUGGAUAGGAGGAUAAGUCUUCUUCUGUAUGUGACAAACAAACCUCUAUUGGUAUUGUUUAUAAAAUAAUAGACAGAAGAGGGCAGGGUUGGUAAUAAUUUGUAUGGACCCAAUAGUUGUUACACUGAUAACUUUAUUUUUCCAAUUGUUUGAAGACAGGUGAUUGACAGGUGAGGGUUGAACAAAUAUUUCUCUUCUUUUAUUCUGCAGCCAGUAAGAAUAUUCUACAGAAAUAUAUAUAUUUUUUAAAUCAUUAUAAAUAAUGAAUCCAACUAGCAUAGGUUAGUAAAUAAAUUCCCCAAUAAACUACUUGAUACAGCUUUUCAUGUCUGCACUCAUAGUACAAGGCGCAAUCUAUUGUCACGCUGCAGCUUCUUGCUUUAGGCCACCAUUUAGGGAACGUGAGUGUUUCUGCUUGCAACUGUUCAAGGAAAAAUUAAAGACUGAAAUGUUCACCUGUUAUAUUAAAGUGUCGAUAUUUAAUUCAAAUUAAAGAAAGUUAUAAUUUUAAUAGUUGUAAUUGUUGAUUGUUUAGUUAUAUUUAAAAUGUGCAUUUUCAUUAGAAGUCUAGCGGUUCCAUUACACAUUUUAAUAGGUAGCCUACUCAACAAUUUAGCGUGCUGUGGGAAAUGCCCCUUGGACACGUAUAUAAUUGAUGGACUGUAGCAUUUUCCUAUUUGUUAACUUGUUCAUUAUUGUGUAUUUGUUAACGACAAGCAAACUGUUAAGAAGUGUAUAUUGGGUAUAACAAUACUAUAUAACAAAUAAAUUUCUACCGUGGU